UUCUUUAUGCGUUUUUCUUCUCUCAAACGCCAAUUUCAAAUUGUUUGUUUCUGGGGAAAAUUUAUUUCUCUUUAACGCUUCCUUUUUCCCGGGAUUUUUUCUUCAUCGUUCUCGUCCCAAUCUGUUGCCGAAAUCCAAAUCAAACGCUUCCAAACUCUCACAACGCGAUUCGCAAAAUCCAAAGAACAACAACGACAACAGCAAUUCGCUGAUUUUUCCCCCUUCUCGUUCCUCCUUUCGUUGGUCGCGUCAUUGUUCGAUUCCGAGGGUUUUGGAAUCGAAAUUCUGCGCGCGUUCUUGUUGUUUUUCAGUGUUUUUUUAAUUCGUCAGAGGUGCGAGAUUCCAACGUGUUAGUUGGUAUAGGAAUUAGGAAACUGAUGUUGGCUUGAAAGUUAAGUCCUGAAUUCUUGGAGGUUCUGUGUUGCACAUCGUUUCGAUGUGAAAUUAGGGUUUUUGUGGACAGUAUGAUGGUCAAGCGGACAGUGAGAACCGAAAUGCCAAACCUGAAAAGGUGCAAGCUGGAAGAAGGAGAGGAAGCAGAGCAUGAUUCUGAGAGCUAUGGUUGUUCCGGGAAUCAGAAGAAGCGGAAGGUUAACGAAUUAUGCUCUCGCGAUGCUGAAGAUUUCAGCAGUGGUUCUGGCUCUUGGUGCAGCGAAGGAGCGUAUUGGAAUGGUGGUGCUGAGGUUCAGUCCAAUUCAAAUUCCGUACAGCUGAACGGUAAAAUGGCACCGCGUGACGGCGGCGGAGAUGGGACUCGGCCGCCAUUGUUGCGGUCUACACGGGGCCGCCAUCAGUCCUUGCCGUCGAGGUUCAAUGACUCGGUUCUUGAUUCAUGGAAGAACCAAGGAGUCAAAGUGGAGGACACGGAUUCCAGCUUUGAGGAUGAUGCAGAAGAAGAGAAGAAAAAGAAGGGUGAUAAUUAUUGUCGUCUUGAAGUGAAUAUAGAGAUGGAAAAGAAUGGUUUUGUUAAAACUGAGAGUAACAGUUCUGUGCUUAGUUUUGAGGGUGGUGUGGAGCAGAAGGUUAAAACUACUGCGAAUGGUGGUGAAAGGAGGAAACAGGUUUACAGGCCGGAGGAUUUCGCGUUGGGUGAUAUAGUUUGGGCGAAGUGUGGGAAGAGGUACCCUGCUUGGCCUGCUGUGGUGAUUGAUCCUAUCUUGCAGGCUCCGAAAUCCGUCCUCAGCUGCUGCGUUCCUGGUGCACUCUGCGUCAUGUUCUUUGGCUUUUCGAAAAAUGGGACCCAAAGGGACUAUGCUUGGGUGAAGCAGGGAAUGAUAUUCCCUUUCUCUAAGUUCAUGGAAAGAUUCCAGGGUCAGACACAGUUGUACAAGAGCAAACCGAGUGACUUUCGCAUGGCAUUGGAGGAGGCAAUGCUGGCUGUAGAUGGUCUUCUCAACUCACAGCUGGAAGUAGAGGAAGUAACUUAUGUAAAUGCUUAUCCGAAUGGACAUUUAGAGGCCCCAGCCAUGCCUGUUGAUGAUGAAUACCACUGCGAGGAUCAAGAUACAAUAUCUUGUGCUGGCUGUUAUUUGAUGUUGCCAUGCAAAACGAUGAAGAAGAUUAAGGACCCAAGUGGUGCAUCUCAAUUUUAUUGCAAACAUUGCUUUAAGUUACGAAAAUCAAAACAAUAUUGUGGCAUUUGCAAAAAGAUUUGGCACCAUUCACAUGGUGGGAAUUGGGUGUGCUGUGAUCGCUGUAAUGUUUGGGUGCAUGCUGAGUGCGAUAAAAUAUCCAUUGAACUUUUCAAGGAUCUUGAAAACACAGAUUACUAUUGCCCAGCGUGCAAGGGAAAUUUCAAUAAGAAAGUACCCAUACCCAAAACAAGCAAGUCAAAAAAGAAGUAUAAUGUGGAAGACAGAUUGGUAGAGAAUAGCCAAAAAUCUAUAGUACCUGAGACGGUAACAGUGGUGUGCAAUGGCAUGGAAGGACUCUACUUCCCAAAGCUUCAUUUAAUUAUGUGCAAGUGUAGCUCUUGUGGUUCAAGGAAGCAGACACCAAGUGAAUGGGAAAGGCACACAGGUAGCAGAGCCAAAAAAUGGAAACAUAGUGUGAAAGUGAAAAGCAUGAUGCUCCCACUAGAAAAAUGGAUCACAGAAAACAUUUCACAAGAUGGAGUUCCACAGCAGUUAGAUCAGCAGCAGGUGCUUAGCUUUUUGCAAGAAAAUUAUGAGCCAGUUCAUGCAAAAUGGACAACAGAAAGAUGUGCAGUUUGCAGAUGGGUAGAAGAUUGGGAAGAUAAUAAAAUUAUUAUUUGUAACAGGUGCCAAAUAGCAGUCCACCAAGAAUGCUAUGGGGCAAAGAAUGUUCAAGAUUUUACUUCUUGGGUUUGUAGAGUAUGUGAAACACCAGAUGUGGAGAGAGAUUGUUGCCUCUGUCCUGUAAAAGGUGGUGCUCUAAAACCAACUGAUGUUGAGAUGCUAUGGGUUCAUGUGACAUGUGCUUGGUUUCAACCUCAAGUGGUUUUCCAAAAUCAUGAGGCCAUGGAACCUGCGGUAGGAAUACUGAGAAUUCCUCCUAAUACCUUUGUUAAGACCUGUGUGAUCUGUAAACAAAGCCAUGGUUCCUGUACAAGUUGUUGCAAGUGUGCUACUUAUUUUCAUGUGAUGUGUGCUUCGAGAGCGGGAUAUAGCACAGAAUUGCAUUCUGUGGAGAAGAAUGGGACUCAAAUAACAAAGAAGCUAAUAUACUGUGCAGUUCACAGGGUCCCAAAUCCAGAAUCUGUAUUGGUUGUACAUACUCCCCUGGGGGUUUUCUCUCCCAGAGCCUCUCUUGAAAAUCAUAGAAGAUGCUUCCGGGGGUCAAGGCUGGUUUCAUCAAAGAAUGUAGAGCUUAUUCAAUCUUCAAACUCUGAAGGUGACAAGAUUGAGCCAUUUUCUGCUGCAAGAUGUCAUGUAUACCGUAGAUCACUGAAUAAGAAGGCUGAAAUACCAAUAAUUCACUUGCUGAAGGGACCCGGCCAUCAUUCUUUAAGUGCAAUAACUCAGUUGAACAGCCAUAAGGAUGCUGAAGAUUCUAAAGUAUUUACUUCUUUCAAGGAACGACUUCAUCAUUUACAGAAAAUGGAAAAGCUUCGAAUUUGCUUUGGAAAAUCGGGUAUCCAUGGAUGGGGUCUUUUUGCUCGUAGAGAUAUACAAGAAGGAGAGAUGGUUGUUGAGUAUCGCGGUGAGCGGGUAAGGCGAAGUGUUGCUGAUUUAAGGGAAGUGAAAUACCGUGCAGAAGGAAAAGAUUGCUAUCUGUUCAAGAUCAGCGAGGAUGUGGUAAUUGAUGCAACGUACAAGGGCAAUAUAGCACGGCUAAUAAACCAUUCUUGCAUGCCAAAUUGCUAUGCAAGGAUUAUGAGUUUGGGUGAUCAAGAGAGUCGGAUCGUUCUCAUUGCCAAGACGAAUGUUUCUGCUGGCGAAGAAUUAACGUAUGAUUACUUAUUCGAUCCAGAUGAGCAGGAUGAACUGAAAGUUCCCUGCCUUUGCAAAGCCUCCAAUUGUAGGAAAUUUAUGAACUAGGGUUGACAUUUAACUUUUUUUUUUUUUACUGGAGCAAUAGCAGAUUCCUAACCAUAGGCCAUAGUAUAGAGUAAACAGUAGUCCAUUGAUAGGUAUAUCGUUUUUGCAAUCUCAUUAUAAUUGUAUAUCCUUUUGCUCAUCAUAAAUUAGGAAAAAGAUAUUCAGAUCAAUGAAUUAGAGGCAUUUUUGUAAAUUGCCUCUCCCAUUCUUGUAUAUUCUCCAAAAUUUUUGACAUGACAUUUGGAAAACAAAAUAUGCAUGAACAGAGCAUAUUCUUAUGUA